AGUCGACUACAGGACUCGUAUCGAACAGGAUCUAAGAGACAAAACCGAAACGAAAAGAUAUUUAUUUUUAUUCUCUCGUCGGGUUGGUAGAUGCGGUUAAAAAAAAAAGAAAUGUGAUGGUCCUUUGGAAGUGUUAACAGAGUGUACCUACUUGUUCCUCCUGCUAUCGCGUAUAUAUUAUAGUUCUGUAUUAAUAUUCGCUUCUAUAUUUUUUUCUAUCCGAUUUCGAUAUCCGUUUUAACGUUUUUUUUUCUCUGAAAUUCCACUACUUUGUCAUUUGCAUUCACAACAUUCUUCAGUUGAUUGGUUUGACAUAGGGUUUGUGAUGCAAUUUAUAUCCUCUUUUAUAGUAGGUAGUUUGUUCGGGAUUUGUUUGUGUUUGUACUAAAAAUAAAUUUAAAUUGUGUUUGUUAAGGAUCCGAAAAAGGCUUAACAUCCUUUUUGUCGUUAUUUUCCUACUCUUAAUGGGUUUGAUGAUUAUAGAUAAAUCUUUUGUGUGAUAAAGAGUGUUAAUGCAUAGAAAGUGAAAAAAUUGUAAAAAAAGGAUAUCCUAAAUAUUUAACGCUAUACACACUGCCAAUUUAAUACUAUAAAUAGAAAAAAAGACUAAACUAAUUUGUUUAGUUAAAAAAAAAAAUAGAGAAAAAUUCAAAAUAAAAAUGAAUAAAAGAAACUUCCUCUUGUGGUUUGUUUUCGGAAAUAUUUUUAAUUUUUUGACAUCACUCCCUCGAAAUUCAUCCUUCCAGCCAUCUGCCAAUGGAGAGACAAUAUACAUUGGCUUCCUCGCGGAGUAUGCACAGAUGCGUGUUACUCUUGGCGGUUUGCCAUUGGCCAUCAAAAAAGUAAAUGAAAACCCCAAACUUUUGCCAGGAAGGAAAUUGGAUUUUAAAGCUUUCGAUAUUGGUCAAAGGGUCGAUUCACAUCGAUUUCAGCCUAUUAAGUUUAUGACACAAAUGAGAGAUGAAAAUAUUGCUGCAUUCAUUGGACCUGAUGAAGGCUGUACGGGAGAAGCACUCAUUGCUUCAGCAUGGAACAUUCCAAUGAUGUCAUUUAAAUGUGCAGACUCGGCCGUUUCGAAUAAAAAAAUCUUUCGCACAUUUGCAAGGACACUGGCGCCGGCCUCCAAAGUAUCGAAAAGCGUAAUAAGCCUUUUACAUCAUUUUAAUUGGGACAAAUUUGCCAUCAUCGUUGGAACUAAACCUGAUUGGGGUUUAGAAGUAGCACGUGCAAUUCAAGACCUGGCUGAACUCGAGAACUUAACAAUUACUCACUUCAAGGAAAUUUCCGAUUACAUUCCCAUGAAUACAACAUUAAUUAAAAUGCAGAAAAUCGUCGAUGAGACAUAUCAAAGUACCAGAAUUUAUGUUUUCAUUGGAGAGCAUAUUGCAAUGGUGGACUUUGUACGAUGCCUACAAAAUCGAAAGCUACUCGAAGCCGGAGAUUAUCUAAUUAUUUCAGUUGAUGAUGAGAUCUAUGAUUCCAAACGUCGAUUGAACAUCAUGGAGAGAAAUUACCUUGAUCCAUAUAUAAAACGCGAUAAAAAUAAAUCCCUAGAUAAAAAUUCAUUUCGUUCUGUCAUCAAAAUCAGCAUGUCAUAUCCCCAGAAUCCGAAUUUAAGAGAAAUUUGCAGCAAAAUCAAAGAGAACGCUCGAAAGUAUCCAUUCCUAGUUCCGUACCAUGAAAGAGUAUUCGACAAUAUUUCGGUUCCAAUCUAUGGUGUUCAUUUGUAUGACACGGUAAUGAUAUACGCCCGAGCUAUUACAGAGAUUCUCCUUAUUGGUGGCGACAUUCGUGAUGGCAGCUUGGUAAUGAGCCGAGUCUUCAACAGAUCCUAUCACUCAAUUCAGGGUUUCGAUGUGCACAUCGAUUCGAAUGGCGAUGCAGAAGGCAACUAUACCGUGAUAACAUUGCAGGACGACACCGGACACGGAUCGCUGGCUAAAAUGUCCAUGCAACCAGUUGGUUUCUUUGUGUUUAACAAACAAUCAUCCCUUCCGGAAUUCCGCUACAUCAAACAGGAUCGUCCAAUACUUUGGCUAAAAGGUCGACCACCUUUGGCCGAACCGAUUUGUGGCUUUCUAGGCGAGUUAUGCAAAGUCAAACGAAUAGAUUGGAAAUUUAUUGGACCUGGAAUAUUCAUAGGCUUCUUUCUCAUCGUUGCUUGCAUAUUUCUCAUUAAGCAUUAUCGAUAUGAGCAGACAUUGGCUGGUCUUCUGUGGAAAGUCGAUAUGAAAGACGUGACCCCAAUAAAUAUACCGAGUCCUGACUUCAAUAUGAAAGGCAAUCGAAACAUUUUUCAAACAACAUGUCGUCAAAGCAUAUUGAAUGGUGGUAUGGAUCCAACGAAACGAGCGUACACCAGCAUAGGACUCUUCCGUGGCAAUAUCGUAGCUAUGAAAAAGAUAUACAAGAAGUCUGUGGAUAUAACUCGUGCUAUCCGGAAGGAACUCAAACAGAUGCGAGAGAUACGCCACGAGAAUGUAAUAGGGUUUAUUGGAGCUUCAAUUGACCAUGGAAUUGUUGUUAUAUUCACUCCCUACUGUGCACGUGGCAGUCUGGAAGAUGUUCUUGCGAAUGAGGACCUGCAUUUAGAUCAUAUGUUUAUAUCGUCAUUGGUGAGCGAUAUCCUCAAGGGAAUGAUAUACCUUCAUGAUUCCGAUAUUAUAUCGCAUGGAAAUUUAAGAUCCAGCAACUGUCUGAUAGAUUCAAGAUGGGUAUGUCAAAUUUCAGACUUUGGUUUGCAUGAAUUUAAGGCGGGACAGGAAGAACCAAAUAAGCGAGAAAAAGAGCUUAAACGUGCCCUUUGGAUGGCUCCAGAGCUAUUGAGAGAUCCAGGCAGAUUACCUAGAGGCUCACAAAAAGGCGACGUCUACUCUUUUGGAAUUGUCCUUUAUGAAAUAAUUGGCAGGAAGGGUCCUUGGGGAGAUACAGCAUACUCCAGUGAGGAAAUAAUUGCACGAGUAAAAAACUCUGAAAUGUACCGUCAUGGAGUAUUUCGGCCGCCAAUAGCAUACCUCGAAGUGCCAGAAUAUGUUCGAUUGUGUUUACGUUCAUGUUGGGAUGAAGAUCCAGAAGCCAGGCCCGAUAUUCGUUUAGUUCGAAUCAAGCUAAAAGAACUUCAAGCUGGAUUAAAAUCAAAUAUCUUUGAUAACAUGUUGGCCAUAAUGGAAAAAUAUGCAUACAAUUUAGAAGCGCUUGUUCAAGAGCGUACAAAUUUAUUAUACGAAGAGAAGAAAAAAACUGAUUUAUUACUUAAUCAAAUGCUUCCACGAUCCGUUGCAGAAUCUCUUAAACGAGGGGAGCCAGUCGAAGCCGAAUGCUUUGAUUGUGUUACAAUAUUUUUUAGUGAUCUUGUUGGUUUCACUGAACUUUGCGCAAAAAGUACACCAUUCGAAGUUAUUGAAAUGCUUAAUGAUUUAUACACCUGUUGUGAUUCUAUUAUAUCGGGAUAUGAUGUUUAUAAGGUUGAAACAAUUGGAGAUGCCUAUAUGGUAGUGUCAGGCCUUCCAAUUCGUAACGGAAACAAACAUGCUGGUGAAAUCGCAUCAUUGGCUCUGCAUCUAUUAGAACAAGUAUCAAAAUUAGAUAUCCGUCACAGGCCUGGAGAAUCUAUGCAAUUCCGAAUUGGUAUACAUUCUGGGCAGUGUGCAGCAGGAGUGGUCGGAAAGAAGAUGCCAAGGUAUUGUUUAUUUGGAGACACUGUUAAUACAGCUUCUAGAAUGGAAAGUAGCGGAGAGGCCUUAAAAAUUCACAUCUCUGAAAGAACAUACAAACUAUUGGAGCAAGUGGGUGGAUUUCAUUGUGCUGAAAGAGGCAUUACCAAUGUCAAGGGAAAAGGAGAAAUGAGAACGUAUUGGCUUAUAGGUCAAGUUAAAACCUACGAACAUCGUUUACCUUUCCGUAAAAGCGACAUAACUCCCGAUCUUAUUAGCAACGUUGACAGUGACUCCAUGGGUCCAAUACGACUGUCAAACGAUUGUAACUCCUUAAGUCUAUCCAGCGUUCAAUUAAAUUCGGGAAACCACCAUCGAAUCAACAUCUUGCCAAUCCGUCCAAGUUCAGCACGUUUAGUAUACCCGAAGACAUACUGUGCCUGCCAAACAAAAUGCAUAUUCGAUCGCAACUCCGAUGAUAAUGUUAAUUUUGUAAUAAAUCGAAAUUCCGAAGUUAGUCAUUUAAAUGGGAAAAUGCCACGACAACUUGAUCGAAAUUUCCUAUGUGUAUGCAAUUUAAGUUCAAAUUUCAGCGACGGUGGACCAAGAGGACCGCGUUCAGCACCUCACAUAACAUUCCGUCAAUAGGAAGUGGUUUUUAAAAAAUUAUAUAGAUAUACGAAUCGAUGUCAAUGAUAUAAUGGCCACCGGAAACAUUAUGCCAAUUAAAAUUAUAUGAAAAAUUUAUGGAAACUAAAAAAAAAAAAGUGUUGUGUUUGGUAAUUGAGGUUGUGGUUUGAAAAAUGUAUAGA